AAUCGUCGCAACGGAUCCAAGAGUCGAGACCUUCACAAACUUUAUAUUGAGUUCACAGAACUCGAGGAAUCGGUUGACCGACAAAAAGACAAUUUACUCGCACUUAAGAAGUGUUUGAAUGCAAACAAUGGACACAAUGUUAUGGAUUUGAUCCACAGUUGGAGACGAGUGACGGAAACGCGGGACCAAUUCAUUCAAACUGAUGAUGUGAUCGUCAAUAAUAUGAGUGAAGACUUACCAAAUAGUGAACCAAUUAAUGAGACAAUAAGUGAAAACAUUACUGUUAAAUGCGACGACAAUGUCAUAGACAUCAACCUCUCUGAUGAUGACUAUCAACCGCUGGACGAAGACAUGGAGACAAUGGACGCCAGAAGUGAUAGUGGAAGUGAAUAUUCUGAAGAAGUUAAGCUCAAGAGUGACAGCGAUAGUGACUAUAAAGUUAAACCUAAGCGUAAAUCCCCGAAGAAAGCAAAGAAAUCUCAGAGUCAGAGCACAUCCAAGUUUUUCGACGUAACCGAUGAACAAAUGGAUCAAUUAAUACGUCCGCAACACAAGAAGAAUGACUAUUAUCUGUGCGAUGAAAGCGGGUGUAUAUUCAGUACUGCCGAUAGGUUUAGGUUUUAUAAUCACCUCAAAAGACACUCAACUCCUGGUUUGACUCCCGAAGGGAUGCAGAGAUUAGAGCGAUUGGAUGACGCGUUACUCCCGAUGACUGACCAUAAACUGAAGGCCUAUGUGUGCGAUUGGCCCGACUGUGGCUAUCGGUCAGCAAACAAAAGGGGUUUUUAUUCACACCAUUGCCAACACCAAAGAGGGACUAAAAGUUGUAUCACUAGUGAUGUGGUCGCCAACCAAUUGGUUGCUCAGUUUGAGGACAAUGUGGUAACUGAGGAAACACUGGACACUUUGAUACUCCCGGAGCACAUACUGGACGGACAGACAUAUGUUUGCAACCAAAAUAAGUGCACAUUCCGGACACCGGAUAGGCAACGGUUCUCUAAUCACAUGCAAAGACAUCAAAGGCCUGAUCUGUCGCGGAAGAGGUUUCGCUUUUUGGAGCGAAGAGAUGACCGAACGUUUCCGCUGUGGGACCCGACGGUCGGCGCCUAUGUCUGCGAUCAUCAGAAUUGCGGCUUUCGGUCGGAAUUUAUACCAAAAUUUUUCAAACACGUUACCAAACACUCCAACCCUGACCUCAAAAACGAGUCCGACGUCGAGGCCGCGCAUCGGUCACGAAGAAUACAGAUUAUGAACGAACGAAUCGGUAAAUACUUAGUGGACAACGAGUACGUGUGCGAUGAGACGGACUGUCACUUCACGUCUGCCACCAAAAAGGUGUUUCACAGCCAUUGGCUCAAACAUAACUCUACGCGAGUUGUGUUGGCCGAACAGUUUGACCUCUCACUCGAGCGGCCAUUUGUGUGCGAUUGGCCGGAGUGUGGGCUCGCCUUCAGACGAAACGCUUACCUCCAGCGCCAUAAGGAGCGGCAUAUGGGCGUCAAACGGGUGGAGUGCGGUUGGCCCGGCUGUGACUUCCGCAACAACUCGAGCCAUCACAUGAAGGAACACCGGCGCACACAUACUAAGGAGAAGCCCCGGGAGUGCACGUGGCCUGGAUGUGAGUAUAGGGCCAAUAGUCUGUGGGCAAUGAUCGCACAUAUGCGCAAACAUACCGGUGAAAAGCCAUACGAGUGUCCGUUCCCGGAGUGCGGUUUCCGCACUUCACAGAACUGCUCUCUAACCACUCAUAAGCGCCGACACACCGGCGAAAAGCCGUACGUUUGCACCGAAAUAGAUUGUGGUAAACGGUUCUCGUCAGCGCCCGGACUGUACUUACAUCUCAAGGGUUAUCACAAUUCAAUCCGUUCUACGGGAAAGAGGGGACGUAAACCGAAACAA